UAGGAACAUUUGUUAUGGGGACAUAUCAUUCCCACCACAGUCAUUUUUCUUCUUUGGAUGCGAUUUCGUGAAAAAUGGUAAUUUGUGUGAAAAAUACAAUCACCCAUGUCCAUCUCGAUCAAUUUGUUCCUUGUGCUGAUAUAAAAAGUCUACUCUCCCAUGUGAACAGACAUUUGAUAGCGAAAUUCUCUUGAUUGUGGCCACAAAAGAGUUGUGCGAGAAAAAUUUCUUCUUGUUCAAUUACAAAAAAAAAGUUUCCUGGGAAAAUUUUUUGUUACAUCAACAAUUUUUCUUUUUUCAUUCACAAAUAAAAGCUAAAAAAUAAUUUUUCAAAGUGGAUUUUAAUAGUUCCAAAGUACAUUUUGGGAGAAAAGUGAAAAAUAUGCCGAAGAAUAAGGUGAAACGGGGGAAAGGUCGCUUGGUGGAAUUGUCAGACGAUGAAUCCGUCAAUGAUAAUGCGAGUGUCAUCUCCCUGCAGUCAGACGACUGUGGCGGAAGUCUCGAGGAUGGGGGUGCAGCGGAGGAAUUCGGGAGUGUCACGGAGAAGUAUGAGGAGAGAUUUAUGCAAGCCCUCGAGAAUGCCACGGAGAAAUCCAUCCAGACACGCGUGACUGCCCUCCAGACGGCAUGUGAGAUUCUCAUGCUGCGCUACAUACCAGAUACCGUGGAUGACCGCAAAGUGACCCUAAUUGACAUCAUCGACAAGUCCCUGAGACGCGGUAAAGGUGCCGAACAGGCUAAUGCAGCCAAACUAGCUCAACUCCUCAGUAUCCAACUAGCUGGGGAUGAUAUUAUUCCAAAGGGACUCAAUCAGACGCUAAAUGUAACGGCACAGGAUAAUGCCGUCUCAUACGAUGCUCGAGCAAAGUGCUGUACUGCGUUGGGAUUAAUUAAUUUCCUUAGUGAGGACAAUAUUGGGGACAUCUUGGGGCACAUGAAGAAUUUCGAGUCAAUCUUCUGCGGUAGCUACCUCAAGGGGGAUCACACACCGAGUUCAGCCUCAGCUGAAGCAGCUGCCCUCCACAGUGCUGCUCUGGGUGCAUGGAGUCUCCUGCUGACACUCCUACCACCGGGAGAUUUUGUCUCAUUCAUGAAGGAGCGCACCCUUCUGCCCACACUGCCCAACCUCAUGGGGAUGCUGCGUUCACCCCAUUUGGAUGUUCGUAUGACAGCUGGUGAGGCAAUUGCCCUUGUCCUAGAGUGCGGCCGGGUGCACGAUGAGGAUUUCAUGGAUGAACAUUUGGGGAAUUUGAUUGAGAUGACAAAGCAACUGGCUACGGAUUCGCAGAAAUUCCGCGCAAAACGCGACCGGAAGACACAGAGGGCAACAUUUAGGGAUGUCUUGCGGUACAUUGAGGAUGAAAUAUCGCCGGAAAUUAAUGUGAGAUUCGGCAAGGAGACACUCGUACUCAAUACCUGGUCAAUGCAUCAUCAAUACACAGCUGUGUGCUCAGCCAUUGGCUCCGGAGUGACUGUUCAUCUGGCUGAAAAUGACUUCCUCCGCGAUGUCCUGCAAUUGGGCGAAAAGAUCAUGACCAUUGGCGCAGUAACGACGAAACAGAGUAAAUUGGAGAAGCAUCUCAUCAAUGCAGCUGCAUUCAAAGCACGUACCAUUUCCAGGAGCAAGCACAGGGACAAGAGGUCAGCUGUUAUUAAUUGAUGACAACCUCCCACCCCUCACCCCCGGAUAUCUUACUCACGAUCUUAAACAAAAAAUUUGCGUAACUUUUUUUUUCUUUUGUAAUAAACUCCUUGAGAUUUUCCCGAGGAAGGAUUCUUUGGUGUGUUGUAGUGUAAAAAAAAAAUAAGAAAGAAUUAUUGCUUCUAUAGAUAAUACCAAAAUAUAUUCACCGUAGAUAAAAUAAUAAAAUUAUAAAAGAAAAAAAACCAAAA